UCGGACAUCACCAGAGGAGGGCAGAGACUCAGAGAGAGAAAAAUCACAGCCACCACCACAACAUGAUUACUACAUCACAGUCCAAACACCCUGGUUAAAAAAAUAACAGCCUUCAGUAUUUCGGACCGAAUCUGAGGUGUGGUCUCGUCCUCUGUGUGUGAACGGCUCGUGUUUUAUCUUUGUUUUUUAAACCGUCAGGGAGUGGAUCUGUCUCCGACGCCAUCUUUAACAGCAGCAGUUGCCCGGGAGGGUGAAUAGCUGCUGGGCCACCUUUAACCAGUACCGGGCCGGCACCGGACACUCAUGCUUGACAGCGAUCGGGACUGAUUUGGGCUCGAUAGCUGUUUCUCUGUCUUCCGGGUUUGCUGUUGUUGUUUUUGGAGGAGUUUUCCUGAGCUGGCUGCUCAUCCUGGCCUGUUGGGAGGGUGUUGGUCCGCAUGAGGCCACUGUCUUGCAGAUGAGCCAUCAUUGGGGGCUGUCGCGUCGCAGACCCAGAUAGUGACUGGAGGCUGCGGCCCAGGCCCCGCCCCCUCCCAGCAUGCCCAACGCUGUUCGUGCGGGGAGUCUGAAGGACCCCGAGAUCGCCGAGCUCUUCUUUAAAGAGGACCCCGAAAAAUUAUUUUCAGACCUGAGAGAAAUCGGCCAUGGCAGUUUCGGCGCGGUGUACUUCGCAUGGGACGUUAGGACCUCGGAGGUUGUGGCCAUUAAGAAAAUGUCAUAUAGUGGGAAACAAUCCAAUGAGAAAUGGCAAGAUAUAAUAAAAGAGGUCAAAUUCCUUCAGAGGAUAACCCAUCCAAACAGCAUCGAAUAUAAAGGAUGUUACCUGCGAGAACACACAGCAUGGCUGGUUAUGGAGUAUUGUCUAGGCUCUGCGUCAGAUCUUCUGGAGGUACACAAGAAACCCUUGCAAGAGAUUGAGAUAGCGGCGAUUACUCAUGGUGCUUUGCAGGGGCUGGCAUACCUUCACUCCCACAACAUGAUUCACAGGGAUAUUAAGGCCGGGAACAUCCUGCUUACAGAGCCUGGUCAGGUGAAGCUGGCAGAUUUCGGUUCUGCAUCCAUCGCUUCUCCAGCUAACUCAUUCGUGGGGACUCCUUAUUGGAUGGCCCCAGAGGUGAUUCUGGCAAUGGACGAAGGUCAAUAUGAUGGAAAGGUCGACAUCUGGUCUCUAGGAAUAACCUGUAUUGAAUUAGCUGAGAGGAAACCUCCACUCUUUAACAUGAAUGCAAUGAGUGCCUUAUACCACAUCGCACAGAAUGAAAGCCCAACGCUCCAGUCCAUUGAAUGGACGGACUACUUCAGAAACUUUGUGGACUCCUGCCUUCAGAAGUUACCCCAGGACAGACCCAACUCUGAAGAACUUCUGAAACAUGCAUUUGUUCAGCGUGAACGGCCGGAAUCGGUGCUUAUUGACCUGAUCCAGCGCACCAAAGAUGCCGUAAGAGAGCUAGACAACCUGCAGUACCGCAAGAUGAAGAAGAUUCUGUUCCAUGAGGCCCACAACGGCCCUGCAGUCGAGGUUCCAGAUGAUGAGGAGGAGGUGGAACACAGUGUUGGCCGCACCGGCACAGUGAACAGCGUGGGCAGUAACCAGUCAAUCCCUAGUAUGUCUAUCAGUGCCAGCUCACAGAGCAGCUCCUUCAACAGCCUGCCUGACGCCACAGAUGCCGCCGACGACAACAAAAGCGAAGUAGAUCUAAUGGAGAAAGACCAAACCAUCAUACCCAACAGCUCCGUGAUCCACGUCAAACGGGAUGAAGAGACCGCUCAGGAAGAUGUGGAGACUCCAAGGACGCCAAAUGAGCCCCAGUCGCCCCCAGCGCAAACUCCGCGGCGACAGUUCCGAAAUCGAGAGCACUUUGCAACCAUCCGCACAGCGUCCCUGGUCACUCGUCAGAUUCAAGAGCACGAGCAAGACUCUGAGGUACGAGAGCAGAUGUCUGGCUACAAACGUAUGCGCAGGCAGCACCAGAAACACCUUCUGGCCUUGGAGAACAAGCUGAAGGGGGAGAUGGAUGAGCACAGACUCAAAUUAGACAAGGAACUGGAGAACCAGAGGAACAGCUUUGCCGCAGAGAUGGAAAAACUCAUCAAGAAGCACCAAGCCACAAUGGAAAAAGAUGCCAAGACUUUUACCAACGAUGAGAAGAAAUUCCUGCAGCACAUUCAGAGCCAGCAGAAAAAGGAGCUCAACAGCUUCGUGGAAUCUCAAAAACGGGAGUACAAACUGCGCAAGGAACAGCUCAAGGAGGAACUGAAUGAGAACCAGUCCACACCAAAGAAGGAGAAACAGGAGUGGCUGUCAAAGCAGAAGGAGAACUUCCAGCACUUCCAAGCGGAGGAGGAAGCCAACCUUCUCCGUCGACAGAGGCAGUAUCUGGAGCUUGAGUGCCGCAGGUUCAAGAGGCGGAUUCUCAUUGCACGCCACAACGUCGAGCAAGAUCUUAUGAGAGAGGAGUUAAACAAGCGUCAAACGCAGAAAGAUCUGGAGCACGCCAUGCUCCUGCGACACCACGAGUCAAUGCAGGAGCUGGAGUUCAGACAUCUGAGCAACAUCCAGAAGAUGCGUGCCGAGCAGAUACGCCUGCAGCACCAGACCGAGCUCACCAACCAGCUGGAAUACAACAAGCGCAGAGAGAGGGAGCUCAGACGCAAACACGUCAUGGAGGUCCGACAGCAGCCCAAGAGCCUUAAGUCCAAAGAGCUUCAGAUCAAAAAACAGUUCCAGGAUGCGUGUAAGACCCAAACCCGGCAGUACAAAGCCCUGAGAAACCACCUGCUGGAGAGCACACCAAAACCAGAACACAAGACCAUGCUGAAGAGACUCAAGGAUGAACAGACGAGAAAACUAGCCAUCCUCGCCGAGCAGUACGACCACACCAUCAACAACAUGCUCUCCACACAGGCUUUGCGUCUGGAUGAGGCACAGGAAGCCGAGUGUCAGGUGCUAAGGAUGCAGCUGCAGCAGGAGUUGGAGCUGUUGAAUGCGUAUCAGAGUAAGAUCAAGAUGCAGACGGACGCCCAGCAAGAGCGAGAGAGGAAGGAGCUGGAGCAGAGAGUGUCUCUUAGGAGAGCCCUGCUGGAGACCAAGAUUGAAGAAGAGAUGUUGACCCUGCAGAACGAGCGCACCGAGCGGAUCCGUAGCCUUCUGGAGCGGCAGGCCCGAGAGAUCGAGGCUUUUGACUCGGAGAGCAUGCGCCUGGGCUUCAGUAACAUGGUGUUGGCUAACAUCUCUCCUGAAGGCCUCAGCCACAGCUUCCCUGGGGCCCCGGGCAGCUGGAUCCCCCAUCAGCACCACCCGGAUGGUUCUCAGGGGACGCAGUGGAGCAGCAGCGUCAGUUCGGGGACCAGCCACCACUAUCACUCCAGUCAGGGAGGAACACAGGCCCAGCAGGGCUGGGGCCAAGCCAUGCCCGGAGGUGGGCUUCCACCGUGGGGCCACUCUCCGUCGGGCCCCUCAGGGGCCAUGCCAAAAAGCAGCGUGGGGAUGCGUAACAGCCCCCAGGCGAUUCGGAGGACCACCUCGGCGGGGCGCACUGAACCGGGCAUGAGUAGGAGCACCAGCAUCACAUCUCAGAUAUCCAACGGUUCACACCUGUCCUACACAUAGACACCAGUGCGUUUGUGCCGACCCUGAACACACAAAAACACACACACAGGGUGGGGAAACGCACUGGCGCAGACUAAAGACAGGCACAGAGAGCAGAACUAAAUGCACUCUUUCUACCCCACCUCCUUUCCUCUUUUUCAUUUUAUCCUCCCACAUGCAGAUGCACAUGUAAAUGUAGUAAAUAUUACUCAGGUCAAGAGGUAUUUCAACUCUGCACGAAAAUGGAUUUGACAGGCGUGCAGAGCUGGAGUCACCAACACUAGUCUGAUGAUUUAAAGCUUACUUGAGUGCUAAUGUUAUAUAUAAAGGUAUAUAAAAUAGAUGUUUAUUGAUUAAGCUUUAGUCCACUUAAUGCGUGGAGUAACAAACCCAAAGCGUGUCUAAAGGAGAUGUUGGCCAUAAUUCUAACAAUAAAUGAAAUCCGGUUUCGUCAGUAUGCAGGGAUACCUGCUCCUUAGCUAUAAGCCUGCUGUCAUGCAACAAUUUGGAGGUUAAAGAAAAUAUAGAAAGAUCAAAAUGACUUGUAUGCGCCCAGUAUAUGUAAUGUCUGUAUUAGGAAGAGUGCCGCCACCUGGCUGUGAUUCGGGUGAAAAGUGUUUAAGUUGUCAGAAGUUUGCAAGAUUUAGUUUGCCUAUAUUAGGACACCGUGUGUGUUUUGUUUUUAAAUACUUGACCAUAUAGACUUCUUUUAGACUGCAGUUUAAGAUCAUAGGGGUCAUGUUGUUGCACAAGAAGUGUGUUGUUUUUUUAGUGCUUGCAAGCACAAAUCUGUUCAUAUCUCUUGCGUGCUUUGCUUUUUUAGUUUGUACUUGAAUCAGGCAAUGCGGUUGUGAGUCUGCUUUAGUCAUCUCUCAGCGUUUUUAUUUUAUUAUUCGUGUCAGCUGGAUUGUGUGUUAAUGUAAUACAGAAGCAGUAUAUUUAGAAAAGAUUAAAUACAUAUAUAUUGUCCUUUUGUGUUGCACACAGUGAGCUAAAGGAUAUGUACAGUGCCUUGAAUUUAUUAAUGAUUUAAUGCCAAGAUGUGAAUGUCCCAAAUUUAUUUUUACUCCCCAAGUAGUAAACAGACCCAUAAAUAUCCAAUGUUGUGACAGAAUGUAAGUCUUAUUGAUGAGGAGCACGUGUAGGUUUGAGAGGCAUGUGCCACCCUUUUACAUGCUUGUGCGAGUUUGUGAAUAUGAUUGGGAUUUUCCCAUACUGUAAUCCCAUUUUGCUCAUUUUAAACUUUCAAGGUGCCUUUUAAUAGCUGCCAAGCAGAAGCACUUUAUGUAGUGUGUUGUGUGUGGUAUAUUGUUUAGGAUUAUCAUUAAUACAGGUGUAAAUUGUAUUGUGUGAUGGACCUUGUUGUUCAGGGUUCGCUCUUAUAUAUGCGGUCACUUUAAGGAAGUGGUAGAUGGGGAACGUGUUGGAUUUGUCUGUGGAUAUUGGACAGUAUCUUUAAGAGGAAAUCAAUUACCUGUUCGAAUGUACUUUGUCCUCCAUCAGGUUGUGUCUUGUUUGACACUUUAUGAUUGUAAUGAAUUGGAGAGCGGGUGCAUGAUUGACUUUCUUUCUUCUGAAUGUCAUGACAGCAGGCUUAUGUGAAACAACAUACCAGGCAAAGCGCUUUCAGAGCAAUAAAAAAAACUCUUGAUCUAGUAUCGUGCCAUUGACACACGUGCAGAGUUGUAACUUUAAUAGUAUUAACGUCAUAAAACAAUAGAACAAGACAAGAAGACACUGACCAAAUAAAAUGCUAACUAUAAUAUAUUUUAGCUUUUACCCUUUGCUUACAUAAUUUUCAGUUCUGUAUACAGUUAUGUCAUUCAGUAAACUUUUUACUACUCUAUAAAGUAAAUAAAAAUUAAAAAGCUGCCCCAAAGAUGUAGUAGAUAGCCAAAAAUGCAAUUCUUUUUUUUCUAUGUUUGUCGGCUGGAUGCAACCGCAAUGACCAAGCACAUGAGUAAGAUUUUCUCUUUAACUGGCAGGGAACCCUUUAUCUUUUCAUCCCUGCUGCCGUUCUGUCCUCUGUGCCGCCUGUUCGGCAGGUGUCAGUGCCCGGUGUUGUGAGGAUAUGAGAUGUGCUGCCGAUGCCCCUGCCCACACCGUUACCCAAUGCUUUAUCUGCCUCUUUGCCAUCACACCACGCCAAGCUCAGCCUGGAUCCAGCAUUACAGAAUGGAUGGAUGCCUGAAUGCACUUUUUUCGUUUAGUCAAGCUAACUUUUCUUCCAAGUGAGUUUGUGUAGUUGGUUUGCGUGGCAUCGCUAUGACUGCACGAGUCACUUUGACUACAAAAACCAUUGACUCGAGCUUGUAAAGGUUUAUGUUUUGACACUUAUGAUGGAGUAUAAUGUUACCCCCAUCCCUUUUGUGAACACAAAAUGCUGCCUCUCAAGGCAGGACCCAUCUUUCUCCCUUCCCUAACAUACCCCCCCC